AUGGGAGAAGGCAAGUCUGUUCUAGCAGAGUGUGAUGGUGUAGGCCAUGGGUUUUUGCAUCCAAUUGUUACAGACAUGAUAAUGCAGCUUCUCAUCAAGGGGUAUCCCAUGAACCUAAAGCAUGUGAUCUCUUACAACACACCAACAGUUGUCAACAUUUGGUGGAGUUUAAUGAAGAAGAUUGUGCCAAAGCAUCUACAGCGCCGCUUUCAUUUGGGUUGCCACCCUGAGAUCUUGACAGGUAUCCGAUUAGAUGCUCUGUACAAGGUUCGGACGGAAGAAAAGGCGCUAUUGAAGAUGAUCUGGAAUGUUGGGAAGCAAUUGCAAGUCAAAAAGAAGAAUGAGGAAGGGUUCAACCGAUAG